AUGGAAGUAAAGCGAUAUCAGCUAUCCAUCGAUGAUUGUUGUAUGAUCGUCAAAGCUGACCGAGAAAUAGGCGCUGAAGUAUUGAAAGUGAUCAAGUGGGAACUGGAGCAAGUACCGGGUCAACCGGGAUAUCUGGGAGAAUAUUACUAUCUGACUAUCUAUUAUAAAACAGUACAUGAAAGCAUCAUGUGCGGCAGAUAUUUUAUGAAAUCGCUUCCGUACCACGAUUCAGUGCUAACGAAAGCCGUCGAAGAGUGGGGUGUAUUUCGCAAGGAAGCCGAAUUAUACUGUGAGCUUUUUAACAAAUUUGAACGGAACGCAAGCAAAGUGAACAAAUGGGCGCCGGACUGUCUGCUGGCGCGAAAUCAUUUGCUCGUAAUGGAAGAUCUAACGCGUGCGGGAUAUCGGACUACGGAAUUCCCACACAAUUCCCUCAAUGAGCAACACAUGCAGCUAGUGUUCGAUCGGCUAGCGCAGAUGCACGCCUGUUCGUUACAUUUUGAAGCUAAUCAGCUUGGCGCAAAGUCCAUUGAAUCGCUGUACGGUAAUAGAAUAUUAUUCGAAACCACCUUCACUCCUACAAGUGGGUGGUUCGUAGCUGGAUUAAAGGGAAUACAAAAAGUGGCAUUGGAGAGAAAUCAUUAUGCUAACGAUCCAGUUAAAAAGACCAUUAUUAAGGAUCGGCUGUGGAGUAAUCUAGAGCGUAUCUAUACUUUAGCAGAAAGUACGGAUGAAUUUCGUUCCGUAGUGGUGCACCGGGACCUGUGGGUUAACAACAUGAUGUUUAAAUACAACCAAACCGGACACCUGUCCAGCGAACCAACCGAUUGUGUGCUGGUCGAUUUUCAGUUGGCGCGAUAUUUGCCCCCCUCCGUUGAUUAUUUGAGCGCAUUAUACCUGCUAACAGACAGUGCACAUCGGAAGCAGUAUGAGCAGAAAUACGAUGACUAUUAUUACAAUUCGCUACAAAGAAAGCUAACUUUGCUCGGUCUGGAGGGCUCAACGAUUCUGCCAAGAGAACAGUUCAGAAAAACCUUAAAUCAUUACCGCCUGCUUGCACUGGUUUGGACCGGUGUUCUUCACGGGUUUGUUAACUUUCCCAAGGGUGUACUAGCCCGACUUCACCAAGAAGAUCCUGAAACGUACACCCGUAUGUCGAUGGAGGAUCGAGAUGAUUUCAUCAUAAAAUAUUACGACAGUGAUCGUUUUUAUCGCGAUCGGUUAAACGAUCUCGUUACGGAACUGUUGGAGUACUUAUUUGAUUUCAAAUAA